GUGUGUCAUGAGCGUUUAAACUUGCGAGUUGUUUAUGGUUAGUGUGUUAAAAAAUGCCAACAAAGCAGAGAAAAUCAUUGCAAAUCAGAUUAAAUUUGCAUCAAAAAGCUGAGAUUUUAAGAAAACUCGAUGAAGUUAUUCAUGGAAAUCGAUUGGCGUUGGAUUAUAAUGUAUCUAAGGCGGCCAUCUCAAAAAUAAAGAAAAAACGUCAUGAAAUUUUGGAGGCAGUGGCAAACACACAUGAAGUUGCAACCAAGAAAACUUUACAUAAAUCGGAAUAUCCCGUUCUUGAGGCAAGGUUGUAUAAAUGGUUCUUAAGCCAAAGACAGCGUAAUUGUGCAAUGAGUGGUCCAAUUUUAAAGGCAAGAGCCAAGCUCGAAUUUGCCAAAUUGCACACAGGAAAACAAUUUCAUACAAGUGAUGGAUGGCUUGCAAAUUUCAAGAAAAGAUUCGGUAUUCGCCACUUAAAAAUUUGUGGGGAAAGCCUCCCAAGCGACAAGUCAGGAAUAACACCGUUCAUUCUUAAUUUCCGGGCAAAAAUGAAUGAAAUGGAAAUUUCGGACAUGCAGCUUUAUAACGCAAAUGAAUGUGGAUUAUUUUAUCGUUUCCUGCCCGAUAAAACAUUUGUCGCGGCAAACGAAAAGACGGCACCUGGCCGAAAAAUAGCAAAGGAUAGAAUCACAUUUAUGUUGUGUGCGAACGCAGAUGGUUCGCAUAAGUUGAAACCAUUGAUAAUUGGUAAAUCCGCAAACCCCUGUUGCUUAAAGGGGUUUGAAAACCCAUUGGAAUAUGCUAACUCGCAAAAGUCUUGGAUGAAUUCAGAGCAAUUCUUCCGCUGGUUCCAUCAUUCCUUUAUUAAGCAGGUUCGCAAAUUUUCUGCUGAAAAUAAUUUACCACCAAGGGCAUUAUUGCUGAUUGACAACUGUACUGCACAUAAGCCAAUUGACAAGUUAAAGUCAGAUGAUGGAAACAUUGCGGCAAUGCUUUUACCACCUAACGUGACAGCUGUUUUGCAGCCCAUGGAUCAAAAUCCCAUAAGACUGGUCAAGUUAGAAUACCGGGCUAAACUGUUAUGGAACAUUGUAGCACAAGAAAACAUUCCGGUUGAGAAUAUUUUGAAAGGGCAUUCAAUUCGUGAUGCCAUCUUGCUGCUUAAAUUAGCAUGGGAUGAAUUGCCAAGAGCUGUGCUUAUAAAAGCUUAGAAAAAUAUAAAACAGUGGGACGAUGAUCAAUACGACAGCGAAGACGAAAUUCCAUUGCUUACAUUGAUUAGAUCAAAUAGUUCUCACGAUGAUACAC